GUGCACCCACGCUGACUCGACUCUCUAUAUACAGCAAUCGCGCAAUCAACGACGUACAGAAAAAUUAUCAACAAAAUGGAUUCCGACAGCGAAGUUUCCAGCGAUUUAUUUUCUGAAUCAUCGGGAUCAUCAUCGGGCGAUGAUAUCACUGAAGAGGAAGUAGGAGAAGUCGGGGGAGUCCGUGCUAUGCAGCCGUACAUGUACGAGCCAGAACGUGGCUCCGAUAGCGACAGUGAUAAUGAUGUUCCCCCAGCAGUGCGGGACGACGACGACGACGUUGAAAACAGACUGGGAAACUCCCAAUGGUGCCUGUGUGGAUGCUGUGUGGCAAUGCCAACAGUCAAGGAGAGCAUUUGCUGCAAGGAGGUCGAAAGGGUUGUUGCCAAGAUGGAUGAAUUUGUCUUGGAUGUCGAUUGUAUAACCGAGCACCCAGGUUUUUCGGCAGUAUGCCUUAAUUUAUGGGUUUUGGAAACCGCAUUGUGGGAAUACAAUCAGGCCUAUAAUCCACCGGAGCAGGAGGUAACUCAAAAUCAAAAAAAUCGUCAUGCUGCCUACAGACAGUUGGUACGCUGGAUAUGGCACUUCUUGGGGAAGGAAGUGAGAGUGCCAUUGCCGUCCUGUGCGGUGAACAGGAUCCGGCAAGCCUUUCCAUCAGACGUUUACAAAGGUUUUAAAGAAAUUGAGUAGUUUAAUUUUAACAAACCAAAGGCAAACAUGUCACUACACUGUACAUAUGUAGAUUGAAACAAAAUAAGAAACUUAAUAACUUAAAAUGGAUACUCAUUCAUGUGAUUCAUCUGGAAUUACCAUGUAGGCCUUUUAUUUCAAUUCCUGGAGAAUUUUCCUGAACAUUAUAUUUCAGAGGCAACAAUUUUUAUAGAUAUAAAUAUAAUAAGAAACUUAAGAACUUAAUGUAAAACAGUUCAUGUGAUUUAUCUGAAAUCACCAUGUAGGCCUUUAACAUCAAUUCACGUGAGAUGAGUACAACUGACAAACAGACGGAUCCUCGCUACGUGUUAUCUUAUAAGUUUGGGGUCAGAUGUGAUCAUUGUCCAAGUCCAAACCUAAUAAAUUUCUUUACUACUAAAAUUAAA